GGCAGGAGACAAACAGCCCUGGACUGUCCUGCCUGGCAGGAGGGAGGGAGUGCCGGCUCUGCAGAUUGGCCCAGGCCAGGCUGAGCAAUGCUGGGGCUGCUAUAAGAGCUCUGCCUGUGCCAGGCUCUGCCAAGCCCUGCUCUGGUGCCUUCUCGUCUAGGAACAGGAGCCCGUGCCAGCCCGUGCCAAGAUGUCCUGCUCCGAGCUGUGCCCACCAAAGGCCAGCGUGGCCGUGCCCCAGCCCAUCGCUGAGAGCUGCAACGAGCUGUGCGCCCGGCAGUGCCCCGACUCCACGGCCUUCAUCCAGCCGCCCCCCGUCGUCGUCACCUUCCCCGGCCCCAUCCUCAGCUCCUUCCCGCAGCAAGCCGUGGUGGGCUCCUCCGGAGCACCCGCCUUUGGGGGCUCGCUGGGGCUGGGGGGCCUCUACGGCGCCGGGGCCACGCUGGGCUCGGGGGGCCUCUGCACCUUUGGCAGAGCCUACGCUGCUCCCACCUGCAGCCCUUGCGCCGUGCCCCGCUACAGCAAGAAGCUCUGGGACACCUGCGGGCCCUGCUAG